AUGCAGUAUACCUUGGACAACCCUAAUCCCCAACCACAUUGGGUAUCCCCCCUCACCGUCGGGGAAGGUGAUGGUCUCGGUGUGGUAGAAACGGGGCGAGGACGUGUCGUCGUUGUCGUCGUUGUCGUCGUUGUCGUCGUUGUCGUCGUUGUCGUCGUUGUCGUCGUUGUCGUCGUUGUCGUCGUUGUCGUCGUUGUUUUCCUCGUCGACGGCCACUACUGCCGCUUGGCUGUUUCCAGGACGUCGGAGAUUGGGACCUUGCGGCUGCUGGCAGGGCCGCUGUCAAGAAUUAACAUUGCACAAACACGUUCUGGAAUCUUUUCCACCAAAACUCCACCCAAACCUGCCACACCCCGUAUCGGGUCUCCAUUCUACAUGACGCCCUCGUCUGUCACCACGCCUCGUCUCUAA